GUGGUCUUGAUCGAGGUGGGCGGUAGGCGGUGAGCUCGCUGUACGGAGGAAGCAAACCUCGUCCGCGCCCCUGACUCUAGUUCCUCCCAAGUCCUCCUCUUCUCUGGGCCCGCAGGGGCACGAUCGCCAGGACCAGUGACAGCAAGAGACCAGAGUGGCAUGAGAGAUUCCACUGUGCUCUACGUGACAGAGUGUAUCGGUCGGAGAAUUAAACCCUGAAGAGAGUGAAGUGAAUUUCAGGAUGGCAAAAGAGUACCCCAGUACAGCUAGAGACUUGCAGGAACUGCAGAGGAAGGUGUCUUUGCUGAUAGAGUCCGUCCAGGGUAACUCAAAGGUGAUUGCCUUCAUGAAGUCUCCAGUGGGUCAGUACCUGGACAGGCACCCCUUCCUGACCCUCACCUUGCUGGUAUUUGUGAUUGUGUCAGCCAUUCCUGUAGGCUUCUUCCUGCUCCUCGUGGUGCUCACCUCCCUGGCUGCUUUUGUGGGAGUCAUAUUACUGGAAGGACUGGUCAUCUCUGUGGGCGGCCUCUCCCUGCUCUGUGUCCUCUGUGGCCUGGGCUUCGUGUCACUGUGCCUGGCAGGCAUCAUCAUAGUGUCCUACGUGGUGGUUUCGAGCCUCAUCAACUACUGGUUUUCUCCCAGACUGCUGACACAACAGAACCCCAGUGGCAACAGUCUCCUGUCCACGAAGUCCACAGUGGAAUCGAAUAGAAAUGAUCUCUGAAUGGAGCCGGCACUGCUUCUAAGCGCUUGUGAAAGGGCACUGGGUCAUACCAACCCUUUGGAGAGGGGCUGAGUAGUCAGGCACUCCCAUCAAGACAUCCGCUCACCUUAGCACAUAUUUUUAGGAUCCUUCCGCAGCCAAUCUAGGGAGUUUGUUGCCAGUUUGAAGACUUGCUGCUCUUGUCAACAUGGAGAAUCUCACCUGCAGCACCAGCAGAGAAUCGAGAUGACUCAGCAGCUCUCCCUGACUCCUCACCCCCUUCCCAGAGAGGCAGACUUGACCUCGGAGGAGUCCUGGGCCUCUAGGGCCUGGCAAUUUGACCCCCAAAGACUCAGCUCUUGUAUCCAGGGGUCCAGCUUGGAGCAAUAAUGGCUUGUUAUUAUUAUUUUUUUUUCUAAUUUCCCAUUAAAUUUUUUAAACAAGAGGUGGUUGGGAGGGGAGAACAUAAUGGAAGACCAGCUCUUCUGACAUAUCUGUCUGCUUUUUUAUGAGAAAGACCUACCAUAUUUGGGAAUAACGGUCUCUCAGACAUAGCUGGAAACUAUAGGCCAAAUGUAAUUUUGUGGCUUCUUAGAAAAAAACCUAGAGGUUAUAAUUUCCACUGUUGAGCACUGUUAAAUGCCAUUAUACUUUUCAAUAUUUGCACUUGGUACUUUUUGUAUGAUUUAAAUCCUGUGGCAUUUCUACUCCCGUGGCUUAUUUGCUGUAGCAUUUUGUUAAAAUAAAUAUUUAUUUUGGGUGAAA